AUGUCGCUAACGAAUUAUUAUUCCAUGAUGGGGCUCCAGACUGAGGAGCCUUACGGUGCGCAUUUCAUUCCGGGAGGCUUGCAGGGGACGACGGCCAGCGGCUCCAAACCAGCCCGGGCAGCGGAGGAAGAGACCCCCGGCUCACAUAUCCCGGAUUUUUCUCAUUUCUCCAACAAACAAACGGGUUUGAACGGGUUUUCUCCUUGGACCAACUCCCCUUCUUCCUCUUCGUCAUCGUCCCCCCAGCUGCAGUCCGCCCCCUCCGCCUCUAUCCCGGGGCUUUUUCAUCCCCAUCACCUCCUGAACCACCACCACCGACAUCACCACCCCUACUACGGCCCUCAGAGCCAGACCCACGCCGAACACCUCGCGCCCGCCACGGCUUCAGAAAGCAGGUUCGUCCGCUGCUGGGAGGAGACGACUUCCGCACCGGAGACUUCUCUUUCCCAGGUGUCCGCCGCUUUCCCGGGCUGUCUCCCCGCUCAGGGUGACCUCUCCAGCGGCGACCUCUCCAGCCUAAGCCCGAGGUAUGAGGCUGUUAAACCGGAGAGCCCGCCACCGUCUAAAAGCAGCCCCGGUGGUUCUAGCUUCGUUAGCCCGACCGAGGUGGUUCUGGAGCGGCUUGGCAGCGCGGAGGAGCCGGCGAGGAGGCCGGAGCAAAGGGAAAAAGAUGGGGAAAGGAAAACACAGCAGCAGCCCGACCCGGAUAACCCAUCAGCCAACUGGAUCCAUGCCAAGUCCACCCGUAAGAAGAGGUGUCCCUACACCAAACACCAGACCCUGGAGCUGGAGAAGGAGUUCCUCUACAACAUGUACCUGACCAGGGACCGGCGCCUGGAGGUGGCAGGAGUCCUAAACCUGACAGAGAGACAGGUCAAAAUCUGGUUCCAAAACAGACGGAUGAAGAUGAAAAAGCUGAUGAGCCGGGAUAGGCGGAGUAUGAAUGAAUGA